CGUUAGCAACUUUCGUUUUUUCGCAGAGGUCCAUUCCAAAAUGUCUAUUGAUCUAGAGCCACAGUGAUGAUGGUGAUGUUAUAGUUCACAAUGGAUUUUACUAGCAUACUACCAAAUGAAACAACUGAGAAGAUUUUAAGUUAUUUAAGUCCAGUUGACUUGGCAUCUUUCAGUGAAACUUGUCUCAACUGGAGAGAAAUAUCUAAUGUUAAUGUCUUAUGGAUACAUCAUUGUAUGUGUCGUGGAUGGUUGAAAUAUGGUGUAGAUUUUGAUAUAGUCAGAGAAGAACCAUUAUACCCUAACUCAACUAAUAUCUCUGGAAACUCUCCAGUGUUUAUAUUGGAAGUACAAAAGAAUACCAGACUGACGCCAAUAUGUAAAUGGAAGAAUACUUUUAUUAGAGUGAAACAUUUGAAUAAUAAUUGGGCUAAAGGAAGAUAUACAGUUGCUCCUAUAUUACGAGGGCAUAGAGAAAAAGUUACGGCUUUAGACAGCAAUGGUAAAAUAAUAGCUAGUAGUAGUAAUGAUAAGAUAUUAAAGAUAUGGGAUAUAAAAUCAUGUUGUUGUAUAUUUUGUAAAAUAAUAGCUAGUAGUAGUAAUGAUAAGAUAUUAAAGAUAUGGGAUAUAAAAUCAUGUUGUAUAUUUUGUAAAAUAAUAGCUAGUGGUAGUAAUGAUAAGAUAUUAAAGAUAUGGGAUAUAAAAUCAUGUUGUGUAUUUUGUGAAAUAAUAGCUAGUGGUAGUGAUGAUAAGAUAUUAAAGAUAUCAGAUAUAAAAUCAUGUUGUUGUGUUUUUUGUGAAAUAAUAGCUAGUAGUAGUGAUGAUAAGAUAUUAAAGAUAUGGGAUAUAAAAUCAUGUUGUUGUAUAUUUUGUAAAAUAAUAGCUAGUGGUAGUGAUGAUAAGAUAUUAAAGAUAUGGGAUAUAAAAUCAUGUUGUUGUAUAUAUUGUAAAAUAAUAGCUAGUAGUAGUAAUGAUAAGAUUUUAAAGAUAUGGGAUAUAAAAUCAUGUUGUGUAUUUUGUAAAAUAAUAGCUAGUGGUAGUGAUGAUAAGAUAUUAAAGAUAUGGGAUAUAAAAUCAUGUUGUUGUAUAUAUAUUGUAGGUGAAAUAAUAGCUAGUGGUAAAAUAAUAGCUAGUGGUAGUGAUGAUAAAAUAUUAAAGAUAUGGGAUAUAAAAUCAUGUUGUUGUGUAUUUUGUAAAAUAAUAGCUAGUGGUAGAGAUGAUAAGAUAUUAAAGAUAUGGGAUAUAAAAUCAUGUUGUUGUAUAUAUUGUAAAAUAAUAGCUAGUGGUAGUGAUGAUAAGAUAUUAAAGAUAUGGGAUAUAAAAUCAUGUUGUUGUGUAUUUUGUAAAAUGAUAGCUAGUGGUAGUGAUGAUAAGAUAUUAAAGAUAUGGGAUAUAAAAUCAUGUUGUUGUAUAUUUUGUAAAAUAAUAGCUAGUGGUAGUGAUGAUAAGAUAUUAAAGAUAUGGGAUAUGAAAUCAUGCAGAUGUUUACAUACUAUAGAUGUACAUUCUGAUACAAUAACUUGUGUUAAAUUAAAGGAUCGUCUGGUAGUGACAUCAUGUGCUGAUGGAAGUAUACAUAUAUUUGAUAGUCUAACUGGUAAAGAAUGUUUAAGUUUCCGAGGUCAUGCUGGUAGUGUGGAUCACAUCACUCUGUUAAAUGAGUUUAUUAUCAGUGCUGGUUCUGAUAGAUCCCUUCGUGUAUGGUCUGUGCUGGAUAGAAAAUUGAAAUGUACAAUUUAUGGUCACUCUGAUGAUAUUGAAUGCCUGUAUAGCAAUGAUAAUAUGGUAAUCUCAGGAUCCUGGGAUAACACUUUAAUAUUAUGGGAUAUAUAUAAUGGUGUGAUGAAAUUACGUUAUGAGGGACAUACUGAAGUUGUAACAUGUUGUCAGUUCGAUAGAAAGAAGAUAAUUAGUGGUAGUGCUGAUAGUGAAAUAAGAAUCUGGAACACUAACUCUGGCAAGUGUCAACAUAUAUUAUCUGGACACACUGGAGAAAUUUAUUGUGUAGUAUAUAAUCAGUCUGUAAUAGCAUCAGGAUCAUCUGAUAGUACCGUCAGAGUCUGGUACCAUACUGGUGAAUGUAGACAUGUAUUAAAUCAACAUAUUGGAAUAGUUCGAUGUUUAUAUAUUAACAAUGAUAGAUUAGUUAGUGGUGGUGAUCAGAAAAAAAUUGUUGUCUGGAAUUACAAGAAAGGUGAAUUAUUAAAUGUAGUCCACAGACAUCCAACAUUAUUACAUCUAAUGUGGGUCAGUGAUACGAAACUUAUAACAGCUUCUCCAGAACGACCUGGUACUAUUACUAUAUUAAGUUAUUGGUGA